CUCGCUUCCCUCGUGGAGGAAAACGGACUCCCUUGGCUGGGGAGAAAUGCCAGGGAUCUGGAUGUGACCGUGAAAAGAGAACGUGUGACUGGAGGAGGCAGAAGAGGAGGAGGAAAAGCAUUAUUGGAAGAGAAGAAUAAACCAGCCACUCCAACCCGUUCUGCAAAUUAGUGCUAUUACUUCUGGGGUCCAUUGCUUUGAUUCUUUCCUUCCCCCCCCACCCCAAAUUAAGGAACCUUGACUUGAGGGCCAAGAGCCAGCCCCCCGACAACUGGGGGGGGUACCCUUCUGGGUCGGAAGACCUUUUGGAUGUAGUGUUGGUGGAACAUUUAGACACUCUCUUCUGGAAAGGCCACCAUGAAUUCGGUAGCGGGGAAUAAAGAGAGGCUUGCGGUCUCCACCAGGGGCAAGAAAUACGGGGUGAAUGAAGUGUGCUCGCCCACCAAGCCCGCGGCGCCCUUCUCCCCCGAGAGCUGGUACCGGAAAGCAUACGAGGAGUCGCGCGCCGGGAACCGGCCCACCCCCGAGGGCGCGGGUUCGGCGCUCGGCUCGUCGGGGACCCCGUCCCCCGGCUCGGGCACCUCGUCCCCGAGCUCGUUCACAGGCUCCCCGGGCCCCGCCUCCCCGGGCAUUGGCACCAGCUCGCCGGGCUCCCUGGGCGGCUCGCCGGGCUUCGGCACGGGCUCCCCGGGCUCGGGCAGCGGCGGCGGCUCCUCCCCCGGCUCGGACCGCGGCGUCUGGUGCGAGAACUGCAACGCCCGCCUGGUGGAGCUGAAGAGGCAGGCGUUGAAGCUGCUGCUCCCGGGGCCCUUCCCGGGCAAGGACCCUGCUUUCUCGGCCGUGAUUCACGACAAGCUCCAGGUCCCCAACACCAUCCGGAAGGCAUGGAAUGACAAGGACAACCGCUGUGACAUUUGUGCCACACACCUGAACCAGCUGAAGCAGGAGGCCAUCCAGAUGGUGGUGACCUUGGAACAGGCAGCUGGCAGUGAGCAUUACGAUGGCUCGCCCGGCUCGCCCCCAGCCCUCUCCAACAUGCCCACCCUGGUGGGGUCCCGGCACAUGGGUGGGCUGCAGCAGCCCAGAGAUUGGGCCUUUGUGCCUGCCUCCUACGCCUCCCCCAACUACACGGCUUUCGUCACCAACAAGCACAGCAGCAAACCCAACAGCCUCGGGGUCAGCAACGGGGCCGAGAAGAAGAGUGGGUCCCCAACCCACCAGGCCAAGGUCAGCCUUCAGAUGGCCACCAGUCCCAGCAAUGGGAACAUCCUCAACUCAGUGGCCAUUCAGGCUCACCAGUACCUGGAUGGCACCUGGUCCCUGUCGAGAACCAACGGGGUCACCCUGUACCCAUACCAGAUCUCCCAGCUGAUGACGGAGACGGGCCGGGAGGGCCUGACCGAGGCGGCGCUGAAUCGCUACAAUGCAGACAAGCCUUCGGCCUGCGGCGUCCCGGCCUCACAGGGCUCCUGCGUGGCCAGCGAGACCUCCACAGGCACCUCGGUGGCCGCUUCCUUCUUCGCCAGGGCCGCCCAGAAGUUAAAUCUGUCUUCCAAAAAGAAGAAACACCGGCCUUCCACGUCUUCUGUGGCCGAGCCCCCGCUCUUUGCCACCAGCUUCAGUGGCAUCCUGCAGACCUGCCCUCCCCCGGCCCCGCCCUGUCUGCUGCGGGCCGUCAACAAGGUGAAGGACACGCCAGGCCUGGGCAAGGUGAAAGUCAUGCUUCGCAUCUGUUCCACGCUGGCCCGCGACACCUCCGAAUCCAGCUCAUUCUUAAAGGUGGACCCGCGGAAGAAGCAGAUCACCCUGUAUGACCCCCUGACCUGCGGAAGUCAAAACGUCUUCCAGAAGAGAGGCAACCAAGUUCCCCCUAAGAUGUUUGCCUUCGAUGCCGUGUUUCCUCAAGAUGCUUCUCAGGCCGAGGUGUGUGCUGCAACCGUGGCGGAGGUGAUCCAGUCUGUGGUCAACGGGGCGGACGGCUGCGUCUUCUGCUUCGGCCACGCCAAGCUCGGGAAAUCCUACACCAUGAUCGGAAAGGACGACUCCAUGCAGAACCUUGGCAUCAUCCCCUGUGCUAUCUCCUGGCUCUUCAAGCUGAUAAACGAACGCAAGGAAAAGACGGGAGCCCGCUUCUCGGUGCGGAUCUCAGCCGUGGAAGUGUGGGGCAAAGAGGAGAACCUGAAGGACCUGCUGUCUGAGGUGGCCACGGGCAGCCUGCAGGACGGCCAGUCCCCGGGCGUGUACCUGUGCGAGGACCCCAUCUGCGGCACGCAGCUGCAGAACCAGAGUGAGCUGCGGGCACCCACGGCGGAGAAGGCCGCCUUCUUCCUGGACGCUGCCAUCGCCUCCCGCCGCGGCAGCCAGCAGGACUGUGACGAAGAAGGCCACCGCAACUCGCACAUGCUCUUCACGCUGCACAUCUACCAGUACCGCAUGGAGAAGAGCGGGAAAGGAGGAAUGUCUGGAGGCCGCAGCCGCCUGCACCUCAUUGAUCUCGGCAGCUGUGUGAAAGCUCUUAGCAAGAAUCGGGAAGGAGGAUCAGGGCUAUGCCUCUCGCUGUCUGCGCUGGGCAACGUCAUCCUGGCUCUUGUCAACGGCAGCAAACACAUCCCUUACAAAGAGAGCAAACUCACCAUGCUGCUGCGAGAGUCCCUGGGGAACGUGAACUGUCGCACCACCAUGAUCGCGCACAUCUCGGCGGCCGCCGGCAACUACGCAGAGACCCUGUCCACCAUCCAGAUCGCCUCGAGAGUCUUGAGGAUGAAGAAAAAGAAGACGAAGUACACGUCAAGCUCGUCCGGUGGGGAGAGCUCCUGCGAGGAAGGCAGGAUGCGAAGGCCCACCCAGCUGAGACCCUUCCACGCCAGGGCCGCGGGGGACCCGGACUUCCCCAUCCCCCCGCUGUCCAGCGACCCCGACUACUCCUCGAGCAGCGAGCAGUCCUGCGACACGGUCAUCUACAUCGGGCCCAACGGCACGGCCCUCUCCGACAAAGAGCUCACCGACAACGAGGGCCCCCCAGACUUUGUCCCCAUCGUGCCCGCCCUGCAGAAGGCACGGGGCGACGGCCGGCCCCCGGAGGCCGGAGGGGCUGCGGCCGGCAAGUCGGAAAGGGACUGUCUGAAGUGCAACACGUUUGCCGAGCUGCAGGAGAGGCUGGACUGUAUCGACGGCAGCGAGGAGCCCAGUCAGUUUCCUUUCGAAGAGCUGCCGGUCCAGUUUGGGGCCCAGCAAGCGGGCAAGGGUCCCCCGUUAAGCCAGGCGGCUGGGGCCAACCCACUCUGUGAGUCUGAGAAGGAGGAGGCCGGGUCCGACGGGCAGCUGACUGACAGAGAAGGCACCGACCCUCCCGCCUCCAAGAUGCAGAGGAAUCACUCGCCCGGCCCCACCCCGGCUCUGCCCGGCAGCCCCAGCCCUGCCUCGCCCAGGAGCAUCCCGGGCAGCGGCGGCGGCCAGCACGCUGCUUCCCAGCUCACGCAGAGCCCCAGCCUCCAGAGCAGCCGAGAAAGCCUGAACUCCUGUGGCUUCGUGGAAGGCAAGCCCAGGCCGAUGGGGUCCCCGCGGCUGGGCAUCGCCAGCCUGUCCAAGACCUCCGAGUACAAGCCGGCCAGCUCCCCCUCCCAGAGGUGCAAAGUCUACACCCAGAAGGGUGUGCUGCCCUCUCCUGCCCCCCUGCCUCCCUUGAGCAAGGACGCCUGCACGGCAUCCAGCGAGUCCCUGCUGCAGCCUGAGGUGCGAACCCCCCCAGUUGGAAUGAGCCCCCAGGUUCUGAAGAAGUCCAUGUCCGCUGGGAGCCAAGGGUUCCCCGAAAGCCCGGUCGAUGACGAGCACCGGGGGGCCACCUCUCCAGACCCCAAGAAGGAGGUCCUGAGCACCACGACGGUGACGGUGCAGCAGCCCCUGGAGCUGAACGGCGAGGACGAGCUGGUGUUCACGCUGGUGGAGGAGCUGACCAUCAGCGGCGUCCUGGACGGCGGCCGCCCCACCAGCAUCAUCAGCUUCAACAGCGACUGCUCCGUGCAGGCCCUGGCCUCGGGCUCCCGGCCCGUCAGCAUCAUCGGCAGCAUCAGCGAGGACCUCGAGUGCUACUCCAGCGUGGCCCCCGUGUCCGAGGUCAGCAUCACGCAGUUCCUGCCCCUCCCGAAGCUGACCCUGGACGAGAAGGCCCGCGAGGCUGGGAGCCAACGUUCCUCCAUCAGCUCCUGGCUGAGCGAGGUGAGCGCCGGCAGCGAUGGCGAGCAGUCCUGCCACAGUUUCAUCGCCCAGACGUGCUUCGGGCACGGGGAGGCCAUGGCCGAUCCUCCGGCCUCGGAGCUGGGCGGCGGCAUCCAGAGCAGCCCCGUGGUGUGCCGGGAGAAGCCCGAGGCGGGCCCCGACGGUUUGCUCAUCCUGUCUGACGUGGGGGAGGACUCUUUCGACAAGGCGACCCCCAUCCAGGGCUGCAAGAUAUCCACGCUGGGCAAGGCCAUGGUCACCAUCUCCAACACAGCAGACCUGAGCAGCUGCGAAGGGUACAUCCCCAUGAAGACCAACAUCACAGUCUACCCCUGCAUUGCCGUGAGCCCCCGGCCCGUCCAAGGGCCCGAGGCGUCCAUCGCCCCCGCGGUGAGCUCAGCGCCCAGAGCAGCCCAGCCCCAGGACAGCCGGGAAACCGGUGCGAAGACAGAGAUGAGAUUUGAGGACCCUUGGCUAAAACGGGAAGAGGAGGUAAAGAAAGAGAGCGCCUAUCCCGGUGAAGAAGGGGCCGGGCGUGAGGCCGCCACAGGCCCCCCCGCAAAGCCUGAGGCCAGAGCAGAGCAGGACAGGAAGGCCAGCCCUGGGGACAGGCUGAGCAGCAGCAGCGGUGAGGUGUCCGCUUCCCCCGGGAGCGACAACCUCAGGAGGGUUGCGGAUGGCUGUGAGAUGGCCCUGCCCGGUGUGGCCGCCCAGAGCCCCGUGCACCCCAACAGAGGCCUGAAGUCCAGCAGCCUUCCCAGGGCUUUCCAGAAGGCCAGCCGGCAGGAGGAGCCGGGCAGUCCGUUCUACCACUGCGCCGCGGAGACCAACGGGCUGGGCGGCGCCCAGGGCGCGUCGCCCUGCAAGGCGGCCCUGGAGAGGAAGGCGGCGUCGCCCAAGCACUGUAUGCUGGCCCGGCCCAAAGGGACGCCCCCUCUGCCGCCGGUCCGCAAGUCCAGCCUGGACCAGAAGAACCGGGCCAGCCCCCAGCACAGCGCCUGCAGCAGCGGCACCAGCAGCCCGUCGCACCCCCCGGCGCCCCUCCUGGCCCCGUUCCCGGAUGAGGCCGGCGGCCAGGCCAAGGAGGCCAGCAGCAGCAGCCGGCUGUUCAGCGCCAAGCUGGAGCAGCUGGCCAGCAGGACCAACUCCCUCGGCAGGGCCACCGUCAGCCACUACGAGUGCCUGUCGCUGGAGAGGGCCGAGAGCCUGUGCGCGGGGAGCUGGCGGGCGCACGCGGGCAAGGACAGCACGAUGCCCCGCGCGGGGAGGAGCCCGGGCCGCGGGGGCGCCGGGGCCUCGCCCACCGCCCCGGGCCCCGCGCCGCCCGCCGCCGCCGCUGCCGCCGCCGCCGCCGCCGCCGCCGGCGCCCCCGGCGUCGUCGCGUCGCCCAAGGCCGGCACGUGCAAGAUCUCGGCGGUGAGCAAGCUCCUGCUGGCCAGCCCCAAGGCGCGCAGCCUGGCCACCGCCACCACCAAGACGCUCAGCUUCUCCACCAAGUCCCUGCCGCAGGCGGUGGGCCAGAGCCCGGGGCUGGCGGCCAGCGCCAAGCCCACGUCCUGGUCCACGCAGUCCCUCAGCCGCAGCCGGGGCGCCGGGCCCGCCGGCAAGCUGCCGCCGCGCGCCGUCAACGGGCGCAUCUCCGAGCUGCUGCAGGGCGGCGCGGGCGGGCGGCGGGGGGGCGACGAGCGGCCGGCCGCGCCCCCGCUGCCCUCGCCCUACAGCAAGGUGACGCCGCCGCGCCGGCCGCACCGCUGCAGCAGCGGCCACGGCAGCGACAACAGCAGCGUGCUGAGCGGCGAGCUGCCGCCCGCCAUGGGCAAGACGGCCCUGUUCUACCACAGCGGCGGCAGCAGCGGCUACGAGAGCGUGCCGCGCGACAGCGAGGCCACCGGCAGCGCGUCCUCCGCGCACGACUCCACGAGCGACAACAGCAGCUCCGUGGGCGGCCGCUGCCGCAGCCUCAAGGCCCCGAAGAAGCGCUCCAACUCAGGUUCUCAGAGACGGAGGCUCAUCCCUGCGCUGUCCCUGGACACCCCUUCCCCCGUAAGAAAACCCGCCAGCAGCACCGGGGUCCGCUGGGUGGACGGCCCCUUGCGCAGCACCCAGAGGGGCCUCGGGGAACCUUUUGAGAUUAAAGUCUACGAGAUCGAUGACGUGGAACGACUACAGCGGCGACGAGGGGGCAACGGCAAGGAGGUCACGUGCUUCAACGCAAAGCUGAAAAUUCUGGAGCAUCGCCAGCAGAGAAUCGCUGAGGUCCGAGCCAAGUAUGAGUGGCUGAUGAAGGAGCUGGAGGUCACCAAGCAGCACCUGAUGCUGGAUCCCAACAAGUGGCUCCGCGAAUUUGACUUGGAGCAGGUCUGGGAGCUGGAUUCCCUGGAGUACCUCGAGGCGCUGGAGUGCGUGACCGAGCGCCUGGAGAGCCGUGUCAACUUCUGCAAGGCCCACCUCAUGAUGGUCACCUGCUUCGACAUCACUUCCCGGCGCCGGUGAGGCGCCGGCCUGGCCUGCCAGCCCCUGGCCCCCCGGGACCCCACAGCCAGCCCCUCGCCUGGCCCUUGGUGCCGGCGGCUGGGACACAGCAGAAGGAGGAUGAAGGUUGGUGCAAGUCUGGAGUGAGCGCUGAGCGGGAGGCAGUUUUCUGGUGUUUUCUGUAGGAAAGGUGCGAACACCGCGCGUGUGGGAGGAGGAAACGAUGGAAAGCCCAAGGACGUGGAAGCCCCGUGAGACUGAAAAAGCACUUUGAGGAACUUUCAAGAACUUGUUUAUACAGGGGUCCUGCUGGCAAGAGACCUCUCUCUUCUCUGGCUUUGUGGGAAGGGGCGAGGGUGCGCACAGGAUCGCUGUCGGGAGCGAGACCGGAACAGCGGAUUCCCCAGAGCGACUGAUUAAGUGCCUUGCAAAUCUUUAUUAUCCAAACCUUUCUGUUCAUACUUUCUCGUGUCCAGACGGUGCUGGUCCAGACGGAAACAACCACAAAACAAAACAAGCCCCAUGCGUUUUUUGAAAUGUAUUUGCAGCUCGUUUUCUCUUGGUGUUUGAUCCGAUUUCUGACUUGCUGUUUCUACGUAAGUAGUGUUUGUAGAUCUGUUCCCUAAUCGGUAUUGCUUAUGAAUAAAUGUUAACUGUCCUUUACGGUUCUUCCGCUAAGGCCACUUGCACAGAGCAGAGGGGCUGCACGGGCACAAGCCAGUGUGUCUCCAGAGAAGGUCGGAACAACAGGUGACGCUCGAUGCCACCCCGCAGCAGGGGGCAGGGGCAGCGGGCGGACUCGUGGGGCAGGUGCACGUGGGCUCAAGAGAACGGGAGAGGCGACGGGGGCCGCGUUUUGAAGGGAAAAGAAGCCUGUGUGACCCGGGCCUUACGUGCCCUUGGAGAGGGAUGUUUGUUGCUGACGACACAUCUUCACCUUCCUGAUGCGUGUGCUCGUUCCUUUGCCCACAAACCCAGGGUUUUUCAUGGCCCUCAAAACAUUCUCCAUGGUCAUUUUGAUUCCAAAGACUGGAUUGAGAGCUUGAACCAACUCAAGAGAGCCAUACUUUUUGUUCUCCAGUCUUGCGAGUUUGUUAGAAGCAGGGAUCUUCCCCAGUUGAGAGAAUGUACUCAGAGACUCAACAGUAUGGGUUCAGAAUAACAAAGGAGGUUGGGAUCACACCACGGCUCUGUUGUCCGGGGUGCUGCUUCAGUGCAAACGGUCCCCAGUCUCCCAUGUCCCGAGGCCUCCAUCCCUAGAAAGGACAGGCUCAUCCCCUCGGGCCUGGCACCGGAAGGCGGAGAGGUUUCCUGUGGUGAACCACACCCCCCUGGAGAGCCAGGGCCCGGGGCUUUUGUCCAGGUCUUAGGUCCCAGCGACGUAGGACCUAAGCCUCAGAUUGAGAUGUUCGUUCUACCACGACCCCCCCUUAGGGACUCUCAUACCCACUGUAGUGAUGGAACCCCAAGGCACCGAGUGGUCAGCGGAUUAUCUGAGACCAGCUGUGGAGGAGCAGCGGCCUCCUCUUACCUCCCAGGUCAGGGCCCUCACCUGCUCAUGGUUAAGAGGGCUCAGCCUCUCAGAGAAUACUACUCACGUUUGCCCUCAAAUGCAGCAUAGCAUCAGGAGCCUAUUUCUAGGCUAGACAGCCCCUGCUACCCAGCACCUCAGCCCCAGCUGCCCCCCAAGGAAAUAGACCUGUGCGCGUCUGUGCCGGCAAAACUCAGCCGAACUCGGUACAUAGGAGCCCGGCUACCUGACCCUUUACUGGCCAGGACAGGCACAGAUGGCGCUGGCGGCUCGAGUGUUUGGAAGUCAGCCCCCUAGACUGGAAGCCAGCCUCAUGGAUGACAAGUCGAGCUCCACAUUGUCAGAGCCUGCUCCUACACGGAGGGACACGCAGGAUACGGUCUCAUCGGAGAGCCUGAUGGGCAGAAACAUGGUGGAAGUGUUCAGGAAUGGACCGAUCUCCCUAGUUUAACAAGUCUGUCUGUCACCUGGGGAAGCAGGGCCUCCCCACCCCACUCCUCAGCCUUAACCCCAGCCUACGGGGCAGUGCAAGGCUCUGGCCACGCCUCUGGUCUCACAGCACCUGUACAAACAGACUUGUUCAAUGGCAAUGUUGUGGAAGCUUCUGGAUCUUGGCCAAGGGAUGCCCAUCUUCUGAGCCUUGAGUUUGCAUCCCCUUGGGUUUCUGCUCUGAAAUAUACUGCUUCAUGCAAAGCCUUUAAUUGGGGAGUUGUCAAAAGUGAGUAUUCUGGUCUUCGUUGGAAACAAAUCACUUGACGAGCACCCCGCGUGCUCAGCAUUUUCCCCGGUGCGUCACCCCCAGCUUCCAGGUCACCACACUGCGCAGGCUUCCCCAGGCAAGGGGGUGCUGAUGCUUUCCCUGGAGUGAGGCCAAGUGGAAACAUCUACAGAAACUUAAAACCUCAAUUAGUGAAAUCUUUCCUCCUACCGAAGCCUGCUUUCGUACAUUGGUAGCAACUCCACAAGAGAGCAAAAGCAUUGAGUGAAACCAAGAGCUAUCUUACUGAGUCCAGUUGGCCUCCCCAGGAUGCCAUGCCAUGGAACGUCUCACGGGAUGUCGUCAGCCAGGCUGAGGACUACAACUUUGUGUGGAGGUUGUCCAUUCUGGCUUUUUCUUUUCUUUCUCUUUCAUUCUUUUAAACCUACGUAAGCUGCAAACAUCUUCGUGUACCUAGUAUUGAUUAAUUAUGUGAAGACGUCAUGAAUUUCAUGCUGUCACGUGCUGGUUCCUGGUUCUACCUGUGAGUUGACUAUAGAGGAUGCUGUUCGGGCACAAAAGAAAGCAGGUGUGAGUAACUAUCCCACUAAUUGAAGAAUGCCUUGUUGAAUGACCAGAUAAGUGGUUCCACAUUUUGGUCUUGGUGACAGAUAACCCAAGAAGGCAAGGAAAAUGGCACAGAACUCCCAUUAUCCACACAUAGAAGGACCGGAAACUUCUUAUUUGAAAUUAACGUUUCGAUGCAUAAAGCCUUAAUUCCUCGUCUGAAAUCUGCCCUCCACCCUCCAAAUAGUUUAGCGUGAGGUGUAGCAUUAAGCAGAACAAAACGCAGACAGACAAAGACAAAAGGGAAGUAGUGAUAUUGUUUCCCGCGGAGUAAAUCCAUCUUGCUUUUCAUGAUGCUGCUUUGUGCUGUGACAGAGUGACAGUUGGCUUUAUCCCAGGCUUCCGGUCCCCACCUGAGAGCUGCAACCUUUGAUCUUCUUGCCCUUGAAUUCCUCCCUCCAUCACGGAGAAGCUGUCGCUAACUUUCAUCUCUUCCAGAUUCAAAAUCAGAACACCGCGUUCGUUGUUUUAUCUUGUGUUGCUAUUCUGAACACGGGGAAGUUGGUGCAGAUGCGGGGAGGGGGGGGAAGGGUCAUACAAGGGACCCUGAGCUGGGGGGUGGAGAAGGGGGAGAAGAUGGCAGCCCAGCGCAGGGAACCCCGCAGGCAAGAAUCUGGCCAGUUGUCAGAAAUUAGUCUUGAGCUUGAAGUCUGUGCUCCUGGAAGAUGGCAGUGGCUUCACCGUGGCCACAAAUACCAUCCGGGAAGGUGGUUCCAAAGGUCCGACACACGCAUUCACAUCUUGUGCCUGUUCUUAGAUUUCUGUUCGUGAAGGGCAAGGGGCCCUUCUUCUCUGGGCUUCAGAUUCUAAAGCUGAUGGUGAAUUUGGAUUAAUCCGUAACCCUUAAGUGUCACCGUGUGAAAGCAGUUCACUGACCUGGGCUUCGUGGGACCGAGAGCCAGGCUUCCAAGAGCCGACCGACUGUGGCCGACUGUGCAGACACAGUGGCCAGUCUCAUUAGCCACGGCUGAUGCGUAGUUGAGGCACCCCAAAAGCUAUGCAGUGAAUGUUUUAAAGUUCCUUAUUCCCAAAAGGAUUUCAGGCUGCAAAAGAAAUUACUGAAGAUGAGUCCAUGUCACAAUUGAAACCGGAAGAAAUCAAGAAGAAUGUACUAUUUUUCUUUCCUUCUGGAAUAUUCACGCACUCUGAGCAUAUCCUAAAGGAUUUCCUCGCUUUUAAAGGCAACAUCUUUUCAACCCUGAAACCAUGUCAAGUAAGAAAGAGGUUGAAAGUCUUGUCACAACUAGUUGAUGCUAAAUAAACUGCCCAGUCCCGCCGUCCCCGGGGUCUCCCUGACACUGCCUGGCGUCCCGCGACGGAGGGACGCUCCUCACCACUGCCACAUGAGAGACCUGGCUGCACCGAGAAAGCCCAGCACGGCCCACUGUCUGUCCCACAUGAAACAAAGCCAGAUGCCCAGUUUCACGGACACUGCCAACAAAUGGUCUAAAGGGGUUUUGGAGUUGGGGGGUGGGAGGUGGUCAAGAAACAGGCGGUAGAAAAACUAUGUUUCUCUGGACUAUAAUAUCUCUUUCCCCCUCCUUCAGCAGAUAUCCAUCAACAUUUGUGGGUAAGAACUCACAAAUUCGUGUCACUUAGCAAUUUUCCCGACAAAAAUACAUAUAUAUAUUUUUUAAAUUACAAACUGUUCAUUUCCAGAUAAAAGCCCAAUUCCAACCCAGGAGAAGCCUGUGUAGCUCAAGCCCUUCUUGUCAAAAAAGUUCUUUGUCCAUUCAUAGAAGCUAGUUUAUUCGUUCCUGGACAAACACAUUCUGCUUUUGGGUGGCCGUCCUCAGAACCAGAAAUGAUGUCAUAAUAUCGGACCCAGAAUGGCGCUCAAGGCGGUAGAGAGCCUUCAGUGCAGCCAGUGAACACUCUCCAGACGGACUUGUGCCCGUGCGUGGACUCGUGCCCGUGAGUGCGUGGCCCUCACCCGUCUGCUUCACGCAGACACAGCUAAGAGGGCUCAUGGCUUCAUUCCCCCCACGGCUAACCAACAGCCCACGGUCAUGCUCAACCUAGGAGGAAGUUUAAUUUCUUUGCAAACUCAGGAUAUUGUUUUAUAGCAUCACUUGUGUUUUAUCCUUUACUUAUACAUCACACUUGGAAACGCUAUCCAAGUGCUAUGCAUUAAAGUGUAAGUUGGGGGCAUUGGCUGUUGUUUCCCCGCCCUCUAGUGAGGUCUGCUGAUGGCGACACGGGCCCCGGGGAGGAAAGAUAGAUAAAUCUGGAGAGCAGGGAUUAGGAUCCAAUCCUCAAAAUACAGGGCUAAGUUCAAAAUCUAAGCUGUUUCUAUAGCGAAUAGCUGAGGGGGGAAAGGUCCCUUCAGUUUGAAUUUGAUGAUAAUGGGCUUGGAAAUUGGCCUCCACAGGCCUGGACGGAAUACCUGAGAAUUCUGAGGAAAGUGUGGACGGUAGUAGGUUGUCGCCGUCCCCAGAGAGCCCCACCUACCCGCCAGGCGCUACGGAAGGGGGUUUGGGAAAGCGACCAGAUCUCCUUCCCCUGGAUGUGGAUAGUACCUGUUUUUCCUGGAGAAACCAAAGCACUUUACUGAGUCUUGCAGCCCGUAAUACUUAAGGCAUCUUGUCCCCUCCCUGGGUCCCUGAGAGGCAGAGAGGGGCUGGGGUCAGUAGUCUCAUUUGAGAGGCAGCUAUACCUAGGAGAAAAGCCGUGAGCCAGGAGUAAGGAAGCCGGGGGCCAGGCCCCGUUCCCUCCCUCGCUAUGCAACCUUGGGCCAGUGGCUCCACUUUGCCGGGCCUCGGGCUCCCCAGCGGGAGAUCGGGGGUCACCAUAGCUGCCCUUCUGGGAUAGUGUGGAGAGAAAAUGGUAUCAUCGGUGGGAAGUGCUUUGAAGAAAUUCAAGCUCUGUGUUAGGAGCUGGGGAUAAUCAUUUAUACACGAGGAAACUGAAGUCAAGAGUCCGUGAGCGGCCCAAGUCCACAGAGUAGUUUUAUAGCGGAACGUGACUUGAGUCCGGCAUCUUGGGCUCUUCCUGUGAGGUGUGUGAGUACGUGAACGUCCGUCAUGCCUCCGGGCUGGCGCUCAUGUGUGCACGGGGCGUAGAUGGGGGCAUGUGUACAGGAAGGGAUGUGACGCGAUGGAACAGCAUAGGACCGAAAACCGGAGUUCUGAGUCCAGUUUUGUCAAAAGUCCUAUGGCCUCGGCCACACUCCCUAACUCCGUUUUCUAAUCUGUAACACGAGGACAUUGUGCUCAACGAUUGUCGUGGUUCCUGCCGCUCUCGUCAUGUAUGUAUGUAUAUAGAGAUAUGCUUAUCUGUAGAAAUGGGCCGGUUUGGAAAUUGGAGACAAGGCCUGCCAAGUCAUUUAUUGUAUCAGAAACAGCCAGUUCUCGGACACGUCCACCAAAUCUUGUUUCCAAAUUCGAUGGUAGUAUUUAACGUCGUCGUUUUAAAUUCACUGUUUGGAUAAAAGAUUGGUGCCGUUUGAAAAAAAUCAAGUUCUUCAGCUUACGAGUGUUUGCCGUUAAAACUUUUUAAUAAAGGUCACUUGUUAAAGUCUGAAAUUCACCGAUUCUGUACUUGGGCAGGUCCCAGCAACCUAUGUGCAGACAGGCUGGGUUUUGUGUAUGGGCCCUCACGUAGCUAUAUACAAGUUAGCUGCUGGCUUGAGCAUGAUGAAUAUGAGCAGUCUACCCGGAGAACAGUCUGGAAAAAGGAGGUUCUAGUUCUCAAAAACUGAUGACAUGAAUCCAUGAAGCUGUGUGCCAUUUGCAAUGUGAAGAUAGUGUUUGCCGGCUAUGAUCUCGGACCUUUUGUGGCAUAUGAGGUGUAAAAUGUUGUCAAAAAAAGAAUCUGGUGUUUAAAAAGAAUCAAACUACAGUGGCAUUAAAUGUUCACUUCUCUUCUA